AUGGCGCCAUUCCAUGGCCGGGAGAGGAGGCAUUUCCCACUGACGAGUAUCGCCUCUGUAGUGGAACUAUUCAGAGAACAACUGGAAGGACCAGAUGAACCUAAUCUUGCGCUACUGUCCAUCGUUCUGGGAUGUGUUGAAAAUACUUUGACUUUGAACAGAUCUGUAACGACGUCUAAUGAUGACGUAUUGAGGCCGAUUUUUCCGGUCGUCGACUGGGAGACUGUCGAUGCUUUGUAUUCAAAGUUUGAGGCAUUAGUGAAAGGAUCGGUAGACCUGACGAAAUACCCGAGUGGCAAUUCAACGAGGGAACUGGUUAAGAAAGUUUCUGAUGUUAUAUGGGGUUCUCUAUCACGCAACUUCAAAGACAGAGCGCACCUGCAAUCGCUGUACAGUUUUCUGACAGGAAACAAACUUGACUGUUUUGGCGUGGCUUUUGGAGUGGUUGCAGCAGCACAGCUCCUGGGUCUCAAAGAUCUUCAUCUGGCGCUGUCCGAAGAUCAUGCCUGGGUGGUAUUUGGCAGAGAUUCUACAGACACGGCUGAAGUUACUUGGCAUGGGAAGGGUAAUGAAGACAAACGUGGCCAAUCAAUUGCUCUCAGUGUGGCAGAAAAGUCCUGGCUGUAUCUGAAUGGGCAUCCAAUCGUUUGUGACCGACUGAUGGAAGUGUCAGCCAUUGUGUCAUCACUGAACCCAGGAAUCAAUGUGUCGAUGGACAGCAUAGAGAUGGGAGCUUUACAGCAGGAGCUGCUGUGGUUGUUGUAUGAUAGAGGUCAUCUGUCGAGAUAUCCCAUGGCCCUGGGUAACCUCGGAGAUCUGGAAGAGAUUACCCCAACGCCUGGCAGGCCCCCACCCUUGGCCAUUUUUCAAGAAGCCAUAUCAUCGUCAGUGAAGUACUACAACAAUCACCAUGUCUACCCUUACACAUACUUGGGCGGAUUUUUUUACCGCAAGCGGAACUACAAGCAGGCAAUCAAGUGUUGGGCAGACGCGACCAAUGUUAUCAAACAAUUCAACUAUACCAGAGAGGAUAUAGAAAUCUAUAAGGAGUUUCUGGAAAUUGCAAACGAGCUAAUUCCAAACAUCGUGAAAGCUGUAUCAGCGAAUACAACAGACAGAGUUCAGAUGAAUAUUUUAUACAACCCAGAAGUGUAUGCAGAUGUACUUCGGUUUUACGAUGGGAUUUGUCAGUGGGAAGAAGGCAGCUCAACACCAGUUCUUCACGUCGGCUGGGCUCAGAAUUUAACUUUUUCCCUCAAUAAAUUUGAUUCGCAAACACGAGCGAAGAUUGACUUAGGAAAAGAUGAAGACAGUGAUGGUGAUGAUGAUGACGGGGAAGACAAUGAUGGCACUGAUGAAUUUAAAAGCAGUGACAAACAAACCCGUGAAACAAAAGAUGUUGGCAACAGUAAUGCUAGUGUUCUAAAGUUGGAGGAAUCUCUGACAGGUCAAAGGGAGACUCCAAGAGGACGCAAAGGUCCUCGAAGAAGAAAUUCAAGUUUGGCUAAAAAUGCUAAUUUUAAGGAUGCUGGUGGGUCCGACUCAAAAUUGAAUGGUGAUGAACAGAACAAAGUUGAACACAAGAUCAAGUCUACGAUAGAAGAACUUGCCUCCAAGAUUGUGCAGCAGGAUUGCAGUCUGGAUGCUGCACCCAAUCCAAACAUCACAGCUCUGGCCCUGCAAUGUAGUGUUAAUAUUCUGAAUAAGGAUUACCUUCUUGGGGCCGGUGAGCCGUUCUCUUCCUCACCAGCUAUGAUUUCUGAUUCUUCAGUCCUCGAUGAAUCGCUCACCUCACCACUGAACACAGAUAGCUCUUGCAAUGGUUCAGCUGAGCACAUCCCAAACUCAGGUUUACCAGAACGGAGCAGUGACGAGAAUAACGACACUAGUUCAAACAACACUCUGCAGUCCACACAAGUACAAUCUCCCUCAGAUUCUCCGACGGCUUCGGUAGAGUCGGUUCAUGUUGAGCUGCACAGUGAGAAGAUGAAAGGGCUAAAGAAAAUGUUUAAAUCUUCCAAGUUGAAUGCAUGUGCCAUCAAGUUACAGUUGACUGCACAGUCGCAGGUUCAUGUUAAGGACUCCAGGUUUUUAGACUUUGGGGAGCCUGUUGGUUCGGCCAGGAAACGACAGAGACGAGAAAUUGUUUAA